UUCUCUCUUGCGAGCUCGGAUUACAGACUUUCCUGUCCAUGGGAUACCUUACGCUCACCCACAGACACACACCACACGCGUAUUAAUCACGGUCGUGCACCGAACCGCAGUCGCGUCAUCCAACUCGCAUUAGAAUUGCUCCUGAGCUGACCUGCCCGGUAUCUUUCGAGCUCGAGAUCGCGCGCCAGCGUUCACCCUCUAUGCGAGUAUAGCUGUUCUAGAAAAACCUUUCUCAACAGCAGCCACGAAACGGUGCUCACAUCUCGCCUCAAACUAAUCGCCGAAUCGUAGAAAAUAUAUUUCUUUUCGUUGGUCAACGAAUCGCAUCAGUGGACAUUCGACGCGUGUCGUCUAACGAGGAGAGUGAAUGGAAUACACGGUGAAAAAACGAAUUAGAACAAUGAAUAAGAAAAACCGAAGAUGAAGAAUCGAUCGCAUAACCGCAAAGAAUUCACCUGAAAGACGCCCAGGGACGGUUGCAUCGACGUCAAAGCGGAUCAUCGAUUCUUCUUGAAGAUGGACAACGACGCGGAGCGGGUGCCGCUGUUGCAGAACAAAAUAGCCACCUCGACCAAGUUCGCGUACGCGUUGGGUCACAUUUUCAAUGACCUCACAGCCGCCAUGUGGUUCUCCUACACUCUCAUCUACUUCCAAAGGGUCGCUUCGUUGGAACCCAUCGCCGCUGGUGCUCUCUUGCUUCUAGGACAAAUCGUGGACGCUUUUAUGACACCAAUUUUUGGAAUACUGGUCGAUCGUUACUGGAAAAAGAAAGUGUGGCACAUUAUCGGUUCCUUUAUGGUUACGCUGACGUUCCCCGUGAUCUUCGGUGGUUUCGUCGAUCCGUCCAAUGCCGCCGUCAUACUCGUCUACGUAGUCAGCAUCGCGGUGUUCCAAACUGGCUGGGCUGCGGUGCAAAUUUCCCAUUUGUCCAUGAUCCCCGCGCUAACCAACUCGUCGUUGGCGCGAGCGGACUUAACCGCCAUACGGUAUUCGGCCCAGGUUGGAGCUGCGGUGGUAGUCUUCGUCGUCACGUGGAUAGUCCUACCCACGAAGGAGGAGGCCGUGGUUCGAUUGGCCCAAGAGGACAGUUAUAAAUUUAGGAACAUUGUAUCGACGCUGACGUUCAUCGGAUUGAUCGCCACCAUAUUUUUCCAUAUCUUCUUGAAAGGACAUCUUUUAGAGAAUUCCGAGAGGAACGAAGAAAACGUCGAAGAAUCCAAAACACUGAUCGAUAAUUCUCGGAACAAUCGAAAUACCUGGGUCGGUACAGCGAUUUUGCUUAGAGUGGCCAUGCUGUACGUGGCCAGUAGGCUGUUUAUCACUUUAGCCACGGUGUAUUUGCCAUUGUACAUAGAAGAAACAGACGUCGAAGGAAAAGAGGCUUUGGCGACUGUUCCAUUGGUCUCUUACUUGUCCUCCUUUGUGGCAGCAUUAACGUUGAAGUACAUAAACAAAUCGUGCGGCACAAAGAUGUGUUAUUUCCUGGGCACGCUUAUCGGCAUACUCUCCGCAGUGAUCACGGAAUUCGGGGGAAACAACGCGACGACAAUUUACGUUGUCGCGAUUCUCAUCGGAGCAGGAAGCUCGAUCACUAUGGUCACUGCGUUGAGCGUCACCGCGGAGAUAAUUGGUCCUCGUACGGAACGCAGCGCUAUCGUUUACUCUAUCGUUACUUUUCUAGACAAGGUCGUUACAGGAUUGGUCGUUAUAAUAAUCGAGAAAUGGAGGUGCACGGAACAAGAACUUUGUCCAAAUUACAACAGAGAUUCUCUAUCGCUCGUCUGCGUCGUUUCCAUGUCUCUGGGCCUCCUCACGCUAUUCUCUGUGUCUCGAUGUCUAACUUGAACACAUUUGUAUCUAUUUAUCUUUGUCUACUCUCUCGUAGGAGCCGUAUGUAAUGCCAAAUGUAAUAAUAAAAUUUGUUAAAAAAAAAAAAUAA